CCAAUGAAAACGCUAGAGUCGGCGAGUUCCUUGCUCCAGGAAAGAGAGGAUCGCGACUCUGAAAUAUAUUAUCUAAUCGAAGAAGAAAAAAGGAAAAUCGAAGAUUUUUUCAAACCUACGGAAUUCCGGCCCACAGCUUUCGAUUGAUUCGUGAUUGGCCCACCAAAUACUGUCUCCGAUCAACCAUCCUCUCCUACAGAUGGACUUUUGCAUUUCGAAAUCCAUUCUUAUUGUUUUACUAGGCCUUGUAUACAGUCUGGGGCCAGCUAUUGGGAUUAGAUUUGUGAUUGAUAGGGAAGAAUGCUUUUCUCACUCAGUUCCAUAUCAAGGGGAUACUGUUCACGUGUCAUUUGUUGUGAUCAAAUCUGAUACGCUAUGGCAUUAUGGGGAUGAUGGGGUGGACCUUGUGGUGAAGGGUCCUACUGGUGAGCAGAUUCAUGAUUCUCGUGACAAGAUGAGUGACAAGUUGGAAUUUGUAGUUCACAAGAAAGGUCUUCACCGAUUCUGUUUCACUAACAAGUCGCCAUACCACGAAACUAUAGAUUUUGAUAUCCAUGUUGGUCAUUUUGCGUACUUUGAUCAGCAUGCCAAAGAUGAGCAUUUCAACCCUUUAUUGGAACAGAUUGCAAAGCUGGAAGAGGCUCUAUACAAUGUGCAAUUUGAGCAGCAUUGGCUGGAGGCUCAAACUGACCGUCAAGCAUUGGUUAAUGAAGGGAUGAGCAGGAGGGCGAUCCACAAGGCUAUCUUUGAGUCAGCGGCCCUCAUUGGGGUCAGUGUGCUCCAAGUUUACCUCCUACGGCGCCUUUUCGAGCAGAAACUUGGAACCUCCCGAGUUUAGGUCUGGCUUUUCUGGUGGAGUAUUUA